GUCGAUCACACAGAGGGAAGCCCUGGGGGAAGCCAGAGGGGCCCUGGGCGAGAGGGAGCCGAGGACUCAGUGGGACUCCACAGAGAGAGGGCCACGGGCGAGGGGAGGCCCGGCAGGGCCAUUGGUGCGUAUGCAGACACACGGACACAGAGACAGGCCCUUUCAGACGGGCUCCUAGGCCUGGGUCUGCUCAGAGGUGCAGGGGGGCUGGGGGGGGCGGGGCACUUUUCAGGGCACCCAGACCAGGGGCACUUGCCUGAGGGCCCGCUGACACCAAGCAGCCCGAGAUGGAGCUCAGGGACCCUGAGAACCACGAGGCUGGGGACUCGGAGGAGGACACAGCCACAGCCCUCCGACGCCUUGUGGAGCUGACAGCCAGCAGGGUGACCCCAGUGAGGAAUCUGCGUGUCCAGUAUCGCCUCCUCCGAAAGCUGGGCUCCGGCUCCUAUGGCCGCGUGCUCCUUGCCCGGCCUCGCCAAGGGGGUCCUGUUGUGGCUCUGAAGCUUUUACCUCGGGACUCUGUCCUGAGGACCACCUUCCUGAGAGAGUUCUGUGUGGGCCGCUGUGUCUCAUCACAUCCAGGCCUGCUCCAGACCCUGCCGGGACCCCUGGAGACCCCCCGACACUUCGCCUUCGCCCAGGAGUAUGCCCCCUGUGGGGAUCUCAGCGAGAUGCUGCAGGAACGGGGCCUCCCAGAGCUGCUGGUGAAGCGGGUGGUGGCCCAGCUGGCUGGAGCCCUGGACUUCCUCCACAGCCGGGGGCUGGUGCACGCAGACGUCAAGCCAGACAACGUGCUGGUCUUUGACCCUGUCUGCAGCCGGGUGGCCCUGGGCGACCUAGGGCUGACCCGGCCGGAGGGCAGUCCAACCCCUGCCCCCCCGGGGCCCCUGCCCUCCGCCCCGCCCGAGCUCUGCCUCCUGCUGCCCCCCGACACGCUGCCCCUGCGGCCGGCAGUGGACUCCUGGGGCCUGGGGGUGCUGCUCUUCUGCGCGGCCACUGCCUGUUUUCCUUGGGAGGUGGCACUGGCUCCUGACCCCGAGUUCGAGGCCUUUGCUGGCUGGGUGACCACCAGGCCCCAGCCACCUCGACCACCGCCCCCUUGGGACCGGUUUGGGCCCCCCGCCCUGGCACUGCUCCAGGGGCUUCUGGACCUGGAUCCCGAGACGAGGAGCCCCCCACUGGCUGUUCUGGACUUCCUGGGGGAUGACUGGGGGUUAAAGGGAAACAAAGAGAGACCCGGGGGCUUGGGGAGUACGUGCAGUGAGGACGGGGCGGUGGAGGAAGAGGCGGGGGCCAGCCUGGAGGAGUGGUCAGAGGAGGAGGAGAAGGAUGACGUAGGUGGCGGGAGGAUGGGGACAGGUGGGGAGAGCCCUCGCCAGGUGAUGGGGACAGGUGGCUGGAGCCCCGGCCAAGGGCCCCUCCCCCAGCCCCAUGGCCACCUGGAUGCAGAGACAGCUGCUCCCAGGAGGACAGAGCCCGGACAUAUUGCAUCUUUCCCAGCUGCAGGCUGGACGUGGAUGCUCAAUUCGUCCCGCAGCUGAGGGCCUGGGAGCCGGGACCCGGCACCUCUUCCCUCAGGCCCAGGGCCUCUGCCCCCUCAGAGCCAGCAGUACAGACCCAACUCCUCCUCCCUCAGAACCGGGGCUUCUAGCCCCAUCCUCCCUCGAGGACUCUUCCUCUUCCGUCUGUCCUGCGUGCAUCUCCAAGGCAGGCCUUGUCUGUCUUGUCUUGUCUUCCAUCUGUCUCCAAGGCAGGCCUUGUUUCCCGGAGCGCGUUUCCGCAUGUGGAGGGGGGGGGGACAUACCUCAUCACAGACUUCUGUCGGGGUCGGGGACCCCCACAGGCCAAGGAUCAGGUCAGGGCUUCCCAGAUCCAACACCAUGGAAGCCUCCCCCCCAGCCCUCCCAUUUCCUUGGGCUCUGGGCAGCCCACGGGGAGUCACCACACACACACACACACACACACACACAGACACACGCACGCAUGCACACACAUGCACGCGCUCCUAGCUGCAGAUGUGCACACGUACCGUGGUCUCCCCAGAGGAUGGCUUCUUCCCACCUCCAGGCCUCCAGAUAUUGGACCCCCUGGGGGCCUUUGCAGCUUGUCAGGGCCACGUGGGUCCUGUGUGUCCCUGGCGUCCAGCCCAGGGUCAGCCGUGGGGACCUGCUUCCUUUCGGGAAUCUGUCCAACGUGUCUGCAUUUAAAAAUGUGAGCUCACUGAACACAGCGUGGACCGUGGGGCAGAUAAAGGUGUUGGUGGGAGCCGCGGUGACUGGGGAAGAGUCUGGUGUUUGCUGACAGUUGAUGUCUUCAUUGGGACAAAGGCACCAUGGGCAGUGUGAGAAGUUAGUCCAGUGGGGAGCGGGGGAGGGGAUGGGGCGCUCAAUGCAGCUGCCCUAUAAAUGAAAAACGAUGCUGAAAUAAAUAGUUU